UGAAAACUACCCUCCCCGGCGCCGAGCAGCGGCGGGAGGCGAGAGAAGGGAGAGCGGGGGCGGGGAGAGGCCUGGCCGGUGCUGCUGCGGCUCUUGUCAGCUGCUGCCAGGUGGUUUGCAGCACAGGCACGCUGGGGACUGACGGGGGCACGAACAGCCCCGCGCUUGCUGCCUGAGUCAGGAAUUAGAAGGAAUUCGAGCUUUUCCCACGAAAUAAACAUGUCUCCAGAUUCAGCCGCUUCCUCCUCCUCAGCCACGAGACUCUCCUCCGGUGCUUUUAAAAUUCACAAUGUCUGCCGCCUUCUAACCAGGAGAUCUCACGGAUUUUAUACAAAAGAUGCGGGUGUCGCCCACAGAAAAAACAUGGGAAUCCUAAGAAAGCUAGUAUGUCAGGAAAGUACUAAAUUCAAGAAUGUUUGGACAACUCAUUCCACAUCUCCUAUUGCUUAUGAGCGUGGAAGAAUUUAUUUUGACAAUUAUCGGUGCUGUGUGAGCAGCAUUGCACGAGAGCCAAGAAUACUUUAUCAACUGCCAGCAUGUUCUAAAUCAGAAAAAAUAGAGGAUGCAUUAUUAUUGGAAUGCCCGUUGGAGGAAACGCUUCCCAGUCCACCAGACUAUAAAUCUUCUCUUGCAGUUUUGACUGCUCAUAACUGGCUUCUUCGUCUCUCUGCUAAUACCGGAGAAAUACUGGAAAAAAUAUACCUCCCACCCUACUGCAAAUUCAGGUAUCUGAGCUGGGACACUCCUCAAGAGAUUAUGGUUGUCAAGUCAGCUCAGCAUAAACUUCCAGCAGCAGCACAGCAGGCAGGCAUCCAGCAAUCUGUGCUAUUCUUUCUUGCUGUAUUCAGAGUUCUACCUCUGAAAUUUAUUGGAAUGCUGGAGAUAAACAAAAAAAUAUUUGGGAACAAUGUAACAGAUGUCGCUCUCUCUCAUGGAAUGCUGAUUGUGAUGUACAGCAUGGGUCUGGUCAGGCUCUAUAGCUUCCAGUCUCUCUCUGAGCAGUUCACAGAGCAGCAAUUUGAUUUGGGAUGCAAAUGCAACUGGAAUGGUAAAGUUGGAAUUGUAGGAAAGUAUCCAUUUGGACUUCCUUGUAACAUUAAAAUAACAGAUACCCCACCUUUGCUAUUUGAAGUGUCUUCCCUGGAGAACUCAUUUCAAAUUGGAGGAUACCCUUGGCAUUACAUCAUCACACCUAACAAGAAAAAGCAUAAAGGAGUCUUCCAUAUUUGUGCUCUGAAAGACAAUGCUUUGGCAAAAAAUGGCAUACAGGAUAUGAAGUGCUGUUCAUUAGAACCCGACUGGAUAUAUUUCCAUCCAGAUACUUCAGGCAGAAUAAUCCACGUGGGACCAAAUUUGAUAAAGAUAUUGAAGCUGAAGGAAAUUGAAAAUAAUAAAUACCAACAAGAAAUAGCAGAAGAUUUUGUCAUCGUGGCCAACAGGCAGAACAAUGCGAACUCCUCAGUAACUGUAACCGCUUCUGGUCGAGUAGUGAAAAAGCGUUUUAACCUGCUGGAUGAUGACCCAGAACAAGAGACUUUCAAAAUUGUGGACUAUGAAGAUGAGCUGGAUUUGUUAUCCGUUGUGGCAGUUACUCAGAUAGGAGCUGAUGGGAAAGCUCACCUUGACUUUCACUGUAAUGAACAUGGGAUUCUACUUAAGAGUAUUCCAUUAGUGGAAUCUUGGGAUGUGACUUACAAUCACGAAGUUUACUUUGACAGAGACAUUGUGUUACAUAUAGAACAAAAGCCUAACAGGAUCUUCAUCUGUUAUCUUUACCAAAUGGUCUGUGAUAGUGCAGAGGAAGAUGAACAUUCAAGCCUUGAAAAAGUGGAGAGAGUUUUUUGUAAAAAAGGGGGGAGAAUUUUUGAACGUUUUUAAGAGAGAAAGACUUCUGCAUAGACUUCACUCUACACAAUAUCCACGGACUUUGUCUCUUUGGACUAGUCAAAUAUUAUGUUUUAACCACUGUGUGUUAAAAUGUAUAUUUUGAGCUUAAGUAUUUGUAUUACUGUCAGGGUUUUUUAAUUUCUCUUUUGCAUAUAAAGAUAGUUGUAUGUAUUUCCAUAGACCACAAUUUAACUUCAUUUAUUUACCUUUUACUUUUGCUACUGAUUAUGAUAUUGUAACACAAAUAAUGAUCAGAUUUAUUGUUCUUGUCCACUAACCAGUCUGAUUGAAAUACUGGGUAUCAGGCACAAGGACUUGAACUUACUGACAUCCAUACUGUUCUGUAUUCUCUUUUACUUAUGCUUGGAUCUUAUAUUGCAACUUUCUUUUAAUUAGUCUAUAUUAAAGUAAAGUUUUCUGGGCUAAAAUUAUAUGGCUAAUGAAGUCAAUCUGUAAUGUGGUUGACAGCUCCAGGGCCUCCGCUAUCACUGGCAAAAUAUACUUGUAUUGAUACUAUCUAAUAUUGGAAUCCAUAUGUCACCUUUUUAAUUCAAUUUUAAAGAGUAAUUUCUUAGGAAUAUUAAUGGUAUAUAUUAAAAUAGAAAAUUUAAACAAUAUGAAUCUGAACCCAACAAAUAUUUAAACAUUCAAAAUACAACUGCACCCUGCAGUACCUAGGCUGUGUUGGUGGAUAUUUUGUAAUUUAUUAUCCAGUAUAAAACAAGUCCAGAAAAACAGUGCUUAUGUUACAUGUAGAAAUAGUUCAGGGUCUUUUGAAUAUGAAAGUAGUUGAGACCGCCUACAGAUCCAGGAUGAGGGCCGUGGUUGACAAAUCCACUACUCAGGCACAGUGGAGCAGCCAAACACAAGGACAAGCUCCUCUGCAGGAGACAGGUCUUUCCUCAGGAUCUGGUCCCAUGCUGUGGAACGAAUUCCCACAGGAAGGAAGGACCACCAUAAACCUCACCACCUUUCACUCCAUGUGCAAGGCAUGCUUCAACUUGUCUUCUCUAAUAUAAACACACAGCAUCUUGUAGAUAUUUUAAACAAAAUCUACCAAACAAAAACACUACAGCGCACACACAAUUGUUUCCUGAGGAGAGAAUAAUAGGAUGAACCGCAUGUGACAGAUUUGUUACAUCAUUUAAUGCACUGCUUGAAGGUGCUCAGAUACUACAGUGAUGAAUGCAGUAUAAGAACCUAUAUAGAUUAGAAUUUUAAUCAAUAAUAACUGGGCUCUAUUCUGAAAUAGUAGCGGUAUCAAUAUAGACAGCAAUUCUGCAAGAUGCUAAAUUAUCUCAGUGGAAGCCAAUAGGAAGUAAUAAGUAAGAAUCAUUAGUGAGACCUGGAAAAAUGUCACAUGGACUGAAGGAAAGAAAAACUAAAAAGAUAGGUUGUAGGCAGUAGACCAAUCUCCAAGUACCCAAAAAACUUACAUCUCUGCCCCGGGCAGUUAAGAGUUACACAAAGAGGAUUUAAAAAACCCAAAAUGUAAGUCUCUUCCCCCUUAUUGGUUUUAGAGUUGAUUAGCAAUAGACUAUUUGAUCAUCAAAAGGGCACACUACAUAUUGCAUUACUCUUCUUGUGACACGGAGGCCCCAUGUAACCCUGAACAACUAGAUUUGGCAGGAAGCAAUAAAGGCAGAGAUGCACAGGAACUUCCUCAGAGUGCCAAUUGGGCAGAGCUGGUAUUGAGUCUGUCUCCCUGGCAAACUUAUGGCAGAUCUGCAGAGUUGCUAUUGUUAUCUAAAAAAAAACCCAUUCAACCUUUUCUUGACACUUUUUUUCACUUCUUGUUUUCCAAAUUGCUGUUUUGUGAUCAUUACAUGUGUGGUCAAAACAUUUCAUCUCUGAAUGGGAAAUUUCUAUUUCCAGUUGUAACGUCUUCAUUGGCCUAUUAUACAUUGUACAAUGGAGUUAGCUGUUGAUCUGAAAAUCUGUUUAUGUUUACAUGGGUUUGUGACACUUUCCAAAGACUGUGUUUACAGGGACAGGAAUUAUUGUCCAUUAACAAUAAGUAAGCAGAACAUUUGCACUUCUGUUUAUCAAUUUGGAUCAAUUUAUAAUUCCAAAAAUGUUCUUGUGAUCUAACAGCAUCCGAAUGCCAAAGGGCAAAAGACUCACUGGUAUCUGGUAGUGAGUUUCAGCUGCCCGGAUCAGUUGAAUGUACCCCAGUUCACAGAUAUGAUAACCUGUAUGUAAAAGGUGGCAUGUAAGAUAUCAUUAGAGCGCUAAUAACAUACUGAUCAUUAAUAUAAUUGUGUGGUGUACGGAGGACAAAUUCAAAAUUUCAAACAUGUUGAAAGUUAUGUUAUUAAAGUCUCUGACAGACAAAGGAAGGUGGUUUUGCCACCUUGAAGAUAUUUCCAAGGUACAUUAAGAGAAAAUGGGCCUGCAGUUUACAUAGAAGAUAAAACAGGACCAUCAAGACAGCAGGGGAGGAGGCUGCAGGAAACAUCAAUUUGCAGUUUAGCAAACACCAGUGGGUGGGUAAGAAGCCAGCAAGGAACUUUCACCGGCAGAUUCUCUGUCGCCUUCCUGACACCUUGAAUUAACUUUACGUUAGGGGGGUAAUCUUCAGGAGAAUCUAUUUCUAAGGUUCACUGGACUGUAAAGGAAAGGAACAAAGAACCCCAAGUUUUAUUUCGUUUAAGAAGACAAAGGAACUGAGCACUUAGGACUUUGUAGGAGAUACUGACCAGAGGGGUUAGUCAGACAUCUUGCUGGAAGGUAGUAAGAUGAGAAUCUUCCAUUGAACCAAGACUGUUGUUAAGUCAGUCUCUAAAAAGUGUUUUUCACUUUUAUUUGCUUGUAUCCAUUUCCAACUCUAUCCUUUAUACUUGAACUCACAUAAAUCUCUCUUUUUGUUAAUAAACUUGUUUUACUUUUAAUAAACCAACCCAGUGCUGUGUAUGA